UAUGCCGGGGCGGAAAGCGGAAGUGCAGCCACGUGAGGACUGAACCUGUGUUGGAGUAUGGCGAAAGCCCGGCUUGGGCGUCCCCGGACCCCGGGACGCGCGGGGUCCGCCGGCUGGGACCCUCGGAAGCCGCAGGGGCAGCAGAAACAAGGGAAGCAACCUCCGACGCCUCAGCUGGGACAGGCGAGAAAAGAGAAAAAGAAGAAAGUAAACUCUAAGCCCAAGAACUUGGAUGAUCAAGAGAUUCCUUUCCGACUUCGGGAAAUUAUGAAGAGCCGUCAGGAGAUGAAAAAACAUAUCAGCAAAAAAACCCGGAAAGCAGUCCAAGUGGCUUUCAGACAGAAGUUUGAGAAGGAAGCAAUGGGAUCUCUGUCAGACAUCCCAGUUCCCAAGUUCAAGCAGGGAAAAAAGGAAUCGGACAACGCAUAUGUCCACCGAAUGGAACAAGAGGCCCAGCAUGUGAUCUUCCUCAGUGAGAACCAAGUGGAACGGAAACCCGAGAAGGAAGAAGCUUCUCAGCCAAAGAAAGAGAAAUCUCAGCGGAAGAAAGAGUUCCAGAGACGGCGUUCGGAUAAAGUUCGACAUCAAAAAGAGGAAAAGGCAAUAGCCAGCCUGGAAAAAGAACUAUUUCAAGACUCUGUGAAAUUUGGUGAAGUUGUCCUUCAGCCCCCAGAAUUAACAGCUAAACCAAGGAAGAGUAUAAACAGUGACAAGCUUGGCAAGAAGUCCCUGUUGCUGACGAGCCUCCUGGCCCCUGGCAGUGACUCCCAGCCCCCAGCUGUCUCGAUGGCUCGACAGAGGAUUGUGGCAGAGGAGAGAGAGCGUGUUGUACAGGCCUACAGGGAGUUCAAGAAGCUCAAGCAGCAGCAGCUGGAGCAAAGACAGCCCUUUAGUCGAUCUGAGGGGAAGCCAGAGAAACCAGCAUGAGAAAGAAUCCCAGGGAUUUGUGGGACUUCCUAGUAGAGACAGAACUUAAGCCUACUUGGCCGCCCCUUUCCUCCUAGAAACGACAUCUCAGGCUACAAAAUUACUUCUGUAUGGAAUGAAGUGACUUAAUGACGGCACAGUGAUAGCACACAUAGAAUCGGGGUGCCAAACCUGAACCUCUCCUGGGACCAAAAACUCAUGAGUGGUCCCUGGCUUCAUCCCACAGUUUAUGCUAUGGCUUUGCCUGCCUGGUACCAAGAGACCUGAUAGGCUCUUGGGGCUUUGACCUGCAGACAGAGCGUCAUGUGCAUUCACCUGCCAAGAUGUUUUCUAGAAACUGCAGGGGGCAGCUAGGUGGCACAGUGGAUAGAGCACCAGCCCUGGAGUCAGGAGAACCUGAGUUCAAAUCCGGCCUCAGAACAUUGACACUUACUAGCUGUGUGACCCUGGGCAAGUCACUUAACCCCAAUUGCCUCACCAAAAAAAAAGAAAAGAAACUGCAGGGGUCUAACCCUAAAACACUGAUUAGACAGGGGGGCAUUGAUCCUAGACUUUUGUAUCACAUUGAUACUGGACCUGCAGAAGGUAAAUUGAAUGGCUGCUUGAUUUGAUUGACUAUUUGUAAUUUUUAUCUGUAACUCUGAACAAUGAAACUUGGCAACAUUACAUUCUGACUUGGUUUUUGUUUUUAUCAUGGUGCUGGAAAUAGUAUGUGUGUAGAUGACAAGGGCUGAAGGACCACAUCCUGUCCAUUUGGGACUUGAUUGGUACCGGACCACAUGUAUACUCUGUACAACUCUGGGCAAGUCACUUCACCCUGUUUGCCUCAGUUUCCUCAUCUGUCAAAUGAGCUGGAGAAGGAAAUGGCAAACCACACUAGUGGCUUUGCUAAGAAAACCCCCAAAUGGGGUCACAAAAAGUCAGAAACAAUCAAACAACACCACGUGUAUGGCACGAGCUGUGGCAGCUGGAAUCCAGUCACAAGCCCAAAAUUCUGGGCUGAGGCUGCUUAUUUGUCUUAGGUUAUGUAUCCUUCCAGAAUUCCCACAACAUGCUUAAUAUGCUGCAAAUUAGGGGAUAACAGGGGCUUAGAGCCUGAAGGGACUCUAGUACACCUUCUAUCAGGGCAGCUUUCUCAGUUUACCGAUGAGGAAAUUGAGACCCAGAGAUGAUCAGAGAUUUCAUCGUGGUCAUACAAGUGGCAGAACCAAGAUUCAACACAAGGGGCCGCUGCCCCCUAUGCUUUGUCUCCCUGUCUGUUUCUUGGGACUGUAACCAAAAAGAGACAGAAGUUAAUGGCUGUUAAUUCUCAUCAACACAGUUCCAGAGGAUUUUUGAUGAAAUAGGCUGCCCACCUCCUGAGAGACAUGAUAGACCCAGAGUGCAGAUUGAGAGAUACUUUUUUUGCAUGUGGCCAAUGCUGGAAUUUGUUUUCUUUGUCUAUGUAUUUGUAACCAGGGAUUUGGUUUUCUACUCGAUGUGUGUUGUGGGGAGGGGAGGGAGGGGA